GAAACCUUCGCAACAGAUAAAAGUACUGAGAAACGCCCCGUGGAGAAGAGGAAAGCUGCGUCCAAGCCGUCACUGGCAUCCUUUCAGUUCAGCAAACCAGCCGAGCCUACGAAAGCACCCAAAGACAAGCAACAAGACAAAGAGAAGGAUACUUUUGCACACACUGAUGUUGUACUUAGAGAGGAAGAAACUGCGGAUAUACAGACGAGCGAUAAAGAGAACACGGAAAGCCACGCAACAGCAACGCCCGGGAAGCAAGCGAAUGGAGAAUCGAUGAUGGAUGCAAACAAGCCUCAUGAGAAGGAGAAGGGCGACAGGACGUUACAAAGCAAGAAGACGGUGGAACUGGUAGAGGAGGAAGAAACUCAGCCUAUAGACUCGUCAGGGUUUGUGGCGCAAGACUUAAAUAGCACAUCACAGCCGGGUGUGGCUGCUUAG